GGUGCUAAAGUUGCUGUCAUUUAACAUAACCUCUGUCUUAUUCUAUGACAUAACCUCAUAAACGACAAUACGGUUAUGUCAAUCAUUUUUAAAGCCAAUUUAAUUAAAUUGUGUCGUGUCACUCUUAAUCAAAAUUACAGAAUGAGUGCCCCGAAAUGUAGUGUGGCAGUUUGCCAGUUUACAGCAACAAACAAUAAGGAGAACAACUUGCAAAUCGUUAAACAAUUGGUGUCUGAAGCGGCCCAGAAACAAGCCAAAAUAGUAUUUUUACCCGAAGCUUCCGACUAUAUCGCUGCCAAUAAAAAUGAGGCCAAAGCGUUUGCAGAACCACUGAAUGGAACGUUAAUGAAUGAAUAUCGAAAUUUGGCCAAAACCAGAAAAGUUUGGUUGUCAGUGGGUGGUUUUCACGAAUUGGUCAAUGAGCACCAAAUUUUUAAUACACAUGUGUUGAUUGACGACGAGGGCGAGAUAAAAUCAGUGUACAAAAAAUUGCAUUUGUUUGAUGUCAGCAUUCCAGAGUUGAAUGUUAACUUGAGGGAGUCAGAUCUCAAUGAGGCAGGGCGCCACCUUGUGCCCCCGGUUAUGACCCCAGCAGGGCCUCUAGCUUUAGCCAUAUGUUACGAUUUGCGAUUCCCUGAACUGAGCAUUAUCCAACGCAAACAAGGCGCCAAUAUUUUAACAUACCCUUCAGCGUUCACCAAAGCGACAGGAGCCCUCCAUUGGGAAACACUUCUACGAUCUAGAGCUAUUGAAACCCAAUGUUACGUUAUAGCGGCAGCGCAAUACGGCAAACAUAACGAAAAAAGAACCUCAUAUGGACAAGCCCUUAUUGUAGACCCCCAAGGAAAGAUAAUCGCAGAAUGCCCAAAAUAUCGCGAAGGGCAUGAAACGAACCAAAGCAUAGCAAUUGCAGAAAUUGACUCGAACUUAAUUCAGAAAGUUCGGACAGAAAUGCCCGUUUUUCAACAUAGACGCAGCGAUAUUUACCAACUUCAGGUCGUUGGAGGCGAAAAAAUACCAAUUAAUGAUGAGGAAACUUUCUCAUUUGCUCAUAAAAUUAUUCCAGCGAGCACAGUUUUUUACAGGACGAGGCAUUGCUACGCUUUUACAAACAUCAGAUGCGUUGUUCCAGGACAUGUUUUAAUUUCAACGGUGCGUUGUUGCAAACGCUUGGAGGAUUUAACUUCAGAAGAAGUAACCGAUUUAUUUUUAACAGCCGUCAAAGUUCAGAAAGCUGUCGAAAAUGAAUAUUCGGCCAGUUCUUCAACACUUUGUGUACAAGAUGGCAAACACGCGGGUCAAACAAUACCACACGUCCAUAUACACAUUCUACCGAGAAAACCCAACGAUUUUGAGGUAAAUGAUGAAAUUUACGACAGACUAGCCAAACAUGAUCGGGAAGAGAGCCAAGAACCGCUCAGAAAUGUCACCGAAAUGUCCCAGGAAGCGGACACUUUACGAAAAUAUUUCUAUCAAUAAUGAUAAAUUGUAAGAAAAUUAUGUAAAUAAUGCGGGAGUGGUUAAUAAAAUAUUUUUUCAA